AUGAACUUUAUCAGAAGUUCAAAAGACGAAUAUUCGAACAUUCAGGUAGGCUUAACAAAGUUUUUUACUCUAAGACCCAAGCAAUGUACACAUAUGGUAUGUGUUUGUACCUACCAUCAAAAUGUUAAGCUGAUGUUAAAUGGAGGAGAUAUUGCCAAUCUUACUGCUGGAACUGCCAUGCCACUUACAUCUUAUAAAGAUUGCCUUCGCAAGAUGAUGUGUCUCAAUCCAACACCAACAUGUCAUUUGAUGACUACAAAAACACCGUCAAAUGAAUGUUGUAAAUCUUGUCCUGGUUUAAGUGCAAUUCGUGAAAAUUUGAACAAUCAAGUGACGGACGUGCAGUUUGAAAAAUGGGUUGGCACAGAUCGCUUCACAAUAUCUACUCAACUGCUGUCUUCUGAUGAUUUUGUGGAUAGCUUGUGUGACGCUUUGGAUACAUUGAAACCUCAUGCCUAUAUUGCAGAGGAACAGGCGUUGUAUUUUAAAACUCUUAAGGAGACUAUCGUUGAAGGCGAAAUCCUCGUGCAAUGUAAUUUUGCCGAAAAUUAUAGUUUUGUUGUCCAAGAUGCUGUUCAAUCUUUUCAUUGGAAUAAUGAACAGGCAACACUUCUGACAUCGGUUUUUUAUUAUAGAGAUGGAAAUGAAAUAAAACAUGGCAUCAUUGUUAUGAUUUCAGAUGACUUAAAGCAUGAUACAGCCACCGUCUACGCUUUUCAAAAAAUACUGUACGAGCAUCUUUUAGGAAAAGCAAUCAAUGUGUCUAAAAUUAUAUAUGGAACUGACGGGGCCUCACAACAUUUUAAAAAUAGAUUUAACUUUGUGAAUCUAUUUUAUUACAAUGAAGAUUUCAAUGCCGAUGCAGAGAUACAUUUUCACGCAACGUCUCACGGAAAAGGACCGUGCGAUGGGCUUGGAGGAAACCUCAAGCGUUUAGCAACGCGUGCAAGCCUACAGUUGCCUGCAAGUAACGCAAUCGUUACACCAAUGCGAUUAUACGAAUGGGCAAAAUCAUCUUUAAAACAGACAGCCAUUUACUACUGCUCCAAAGACAAUAUUCAACGUCAUAGAAUUUUUUUGCAUCCCCGGUUCGAUUCAGCAAUCACCAUUCCUGGAACAAAAAAGUUGCAUGCCUUUAUUCCAACAACCGAAGGCCUUUUGGUAAAAAGAACCAGUUCUAGCGUAGAUUAUAAAAUUCGCACCGAAGAGGUCAGAUCAACCGUCUCAAGCGAAAUUCUGUCGUUCUCUACAGCAAUGUCAUUAAGGGCGGAUGGAAAUGUGAGUGGUGCAAAGCUUAUCCAAGAAUUGGAUAAGUCACCUGGCAGGGCGAAAAAAAUUUGGGACAGAUAUUCAAAAAAACAGGAACCGUUUAAAGUCUCUCCUCAAGAUGCCUUAGUCCGCUACCUUAAUUAUGAUCUUACAAGAAGUUCAUACAUCCAGCUUCGUAAAGAUCACAUAAAUUAUAUACGAUACCCGGGUUGGGAUACCCUAACAAUAGAAAAAAAGUUAUGCUAUCCAGAUGGAAUUACGAUAAAUGAAGAAGAAGCCACAGUUAAGUUGCAGUCGAUGGCGCGUCACACAACUGCUCGACUUGCGGCAUCUCUACCUGCCUCAUUUCCUUCUAUCGCGACAGUUCUCUUUAAAUGGGGAUUUGAUUCAAGCUCCAUGCACAACCUCUAUCGACACUUAGCUACAAGUACAGGAAACCUGAAACACAUUUCACAAAUUCUUGCUACUAAUAUUGUUCCAAUUCAAAUUAAAUCCGAUGAUCAAGAAAUCAUCCAAACUACGGCCAAGAGGAAGAUGGAGACUAACGUCUCCGACCCCUCGGUGAAGCCGGCCACUAAAAAGGUACGGCAGGGGCCUAACCCCGUCGGAAAGCGAGGACCGGCGUUUGCAGCUCUUGCUUCGAGCCUUCCAAAGGUGUUAGUCACUGUUGGGGAGACUCUUGGAGAGAAGCUGCCUAUGUCGGUCUUCGAAGAAAUCAAGGGCUGUGUCCUGAACCAAAUCCUGGAAUUAACGGAAGAGGGAGUGAUCCCGAAGUUCAAGGAUACGGUCCACAACAUGGGAAGCAUCUAUCUUAAUACCGAGGUAUGGAGAAAGGAUACGAAAAGGUACCCGGAAGUUGCCGAAAGGAUACAUAUACAGAAAAAAAAAAUUCAGGAAAAAAUUCAUAAGGAAUUGGGCAUAAUUGUCGAUGUUCCAAAACAAACUGCAGGGACAACAAAUUAUGGAAAUACUGCGCGAAGAUUUUUUGCCAAUCCUAAAAAAACAGCAGCAAUUACCGGAAUUGAUGAGGAAUUAAUACAUCGUUUUCACAUCAUUUUAGUCCUCAUAAAUUCCAGCAAUUGCGAGUUUGAUGUAGAUGCCUUUGCUCGUUACACAGAAGAAACUGCAAAACUGUAUGUAAAAAAAUAUAACUGGUACAAAAUGCCUGCAAGUGUACAUAAAGUUUUGAUCCAUGGAAGUUUAAUCUGGGCAUCUUCAACGGUUCCUCUAGAUUUACUCAGCGAAGACGCACAAGGAUAUUCGAUACUUCAGGCAGUAUUUCGCAAGAAGAACGGGGGCCAAGGACAACCUCAGUGA